UCGGCCUGCUCCCCGGCCGGGGCUGAAAUCGACCUAGUGAGUCCCUCGCGGGCGAACCAGGCCACCACAGAUAGGAGGCGGGUGGUGUCCCAAGGUGCAACUCACCGCCGCGCUACCUCAGCGUGGCGGUGAGGAUGCACAGACGGUGGUAGUGGCGAGAGGUGUGUAUGGACACUGUUCCCGCGGCAGUAAUGCAAAGCGGCAAACUGCACCUGGCAACCACCGUCGCGGAAAGCGUGGCCCACGAAGCUGGAGGAGUAGAGAGAUUCGUAAACACCACGUCAGUAAGCACCGCUCGCGGGAGAAGGGAGACAACCGCGGGCACCGCGGGGAGGGAGUGCUGCACCCUCCUCGUCAAAACACCACAGGCAAGAACCGAGCUCUGCAGAGAUGGAUUUAUGCGAGGAAAUUCGCCGUUCGGAAAAUACGGAAGAAAGCACACUCGCAACGCGAGGUGGACCGAGAGAGACACGAGACCGCAGCGGCCGUCAAGGCAGCUGCGAAGAAGAAGGCACGAGAGGGCGACCUAUCGUUCGGCACGUUCAACGUACGCACGCUCGCCUACAGCGAUUUGUUCCGCGACCGGCUGUGAUGUGAUAGGACUUCAGGAGACCCGACGCGAAGGUCAAGGCUCAAUUGCACACGACGGGUACGUGAUCAUCUGGAGUGGCGCCCGUGCUGGCACCAAGGACAAGAGGGGCGUACACGGUGUGGGCACGGCGAUCAAGGAGGCCAUGUGGGAGAGUGUGGGUGAGGAAGGUAGGACGGUNUCGAAGAAGGCACGAGGGGGCGACCUAUCGUUCGGCAAGGCCUCCAGCCGCCCUCCGCCCACGGCGCUCAGGCGGCCAACGGGAGAGACCGCCGCCGAGCUGACGGCUACGGUGAUGUCGGCCGCUGCUGAGACCGCGCCGCUGGCGAGGUGCGCACGAGGGCAGAGAGGCUGGUACACGAGCGAAGCGCAGCACGAGAUCUCCGAAGCGUCUAAGGAGAUUAAGGCGGCCCAGCCGCAACUGCGUGAGGCCUCACAGAACAGCGCCUGCGAGGCGACCCUGAAGGCGGUGCUCAAGGCGGCGCGGAAGAAGCGCAGCAUCGCGAGGUGGAGUGCACUGGAAACGUUCUUCGAGGGCUAUGUACGGCAGCUCGAGAAGAAGAGCCGCGAGGGGGAUCAGGCGGGUUUCUACAGGCACCUGAAGAUGAUCGACGUCGAAGGUCCUUCGGGACCCCACGUUUAUUCGCCAACGGUGGGCACGGUGGUUCCACAAGCUUCUCAACACCAAGUCGCCGACCAUCGACAUGCAUGCGACUGACAAGGUCAAGCGGUGGCCCACGUGGGUGCCACUCGACGACAUCCCAUCUCUACUUGAGGUUGAGGAGGCGGUACGGGAAAUGGCCAACAGAAAGGCCGUCGGCCCGGACGACCUACUGGCUGAGCU